AUGGACCACGAUUUUGCUCCUGCUCCUCCAGAGAUGCAGCCGCAUGGAGCUCCAGGCCCUGGAGCCUCCUUCUCCCACAGUCACCUGCUGGGACGCUCUGCUCGUCCCUCAAGGCUCCCUGGAGGGGUACCCCCUCUCAUCCCUGUCCUCAGGAAGACCAUCUGCCUGGAUGCCUUCCCCCAAAGCCACAUCCCACAAGCUUCCAGACGACCAGGCCUUGGCUCCAAGGCCCGAAGCGUGGCCCCACAGGAGAUUGGCAUUGCCCCAGGGACUGCCCCUGGCAACAGCCCUGUACCCAGGAAGCUCAGCUCUAUCUCCUUAACGCUCCGUCAGAACAGCCAGGCACGGCCCCAAGACCCCUACCCUUCUCACUGGGAAGAAGUGCCUACCCCAGACAGGAAGGUUGCUACUCAUGGAGGAGGUAGGCUGCUCACUCCAGGUUCACCACCUAUGACCCUGGUGCCAGGGGACAGAGUUCACUCCCAGCACCCAGGAAGCCCAGGUCUGGCCAAACCCAUCAGGGUGCCCACAGUGGAAAAGCCCCUGGUAAGUUCAUACCUGACCCUACCUUUCCAGUCCCGGUUAACCCGGAGUCCACCAGGCCCUGCAGGGCCAGGUCCAGUGGGUCAGGGGCACCCUGUCCCAAUGACUGCCCACAUGCCCACCAAAGCUUCCCAAGGAAGAGGCAAGCCACGGCCCAGGGGUAUUCCCAGAUCCCGGCUGCAUCUCCAAAGGGCCACCCCUACCUUGGGGCCUGUAACGGCCUUGGAUUUGGCUACUCUGGACACAAGGCCAGACACAGCUAGACAUUUAGCUACUAUGGCCAACAACAGACCUAGCCUGGCUAUCAAUUUGGAUUCACCCAACACAGCCAGACUGAACAUAGGAACUUGCACAGAGUUCCCUGUUCUGGAUACCAAGCUGGGCAUAGCCAUGGAUUUGACUACAGCAGGAACAGCCAAGUCCCGCAAAGUCAUGAACGUGGCUACAGCAGGCACAACCAAGCCAGGCGCAGCCAUGAAUUUAACUUCAAUAGGCAAAACCAAGCUGGGCAUAUCCAAGGCUACAGCAGGCACAGCCAAGCCAGAUACAAUCACAGGGAGCACAGCCAUGGCUUUGGCAACACCAGACCCUGUCAAUCUGGGCUCAGCCAUGAAUGUGGCUGCAGCGGGCACAGCCAAGUUGGGCACAGCCAUGGAUUUGGCUAGAGUAAAUACAGCCAAGCUGGGCAUAACCAUGGAUUCUCCUGUUUUGGACACAGUCAACCUGGACAUAGCCAUGAAUUCAGUUGUGCUGGUCAGUCCAGACCCAGGCAACGGAGGGGCUACACUGGACAGUGUCAUCAACUUGACCACAUCAGACAUUGCCACCUACCCACUGAUGACAAACAGAAUCAUAGACCUACCCCUGGACCACACUAGAGCAGAUGCUGCCACAGACCCAGCCACAGAGUCUGCCAUACCGGACCUGGCCAGAAAAGCCAAAUGGCUCCCAGAGACCAGGACGGACACAGCCAUGUCAGAGCUGGUGCCUGAGCCCAGGCCUAAGCCAGCAGUGCCCAUGAAGCCCGUCAGCAUCAACUCCAACCUGCUUGGCUACAUCGGCAUCGACACCAUCAUUGAGCAGAUGCGCAAGAAGACCAUGAAGACGGGUUUUGACUUCAACAUCAUGGUGGUCGGUCAGAGUGGACUGGGCAAGUCAACGCUAGUCAACACACUCUUCAAAUCCCAAGUGAGCCGCAAGGCCACCAGCUGGAACCGGGAGGAGAAGAUUCCCAAGACGGUGGAGAUCAAAGCUAUUGGGCAUGUGAUCGAGGAAGGAGGUGUCAAGAUGAAGCUGACCGUCAUUGACACCCCAGGCUUUGGAGACCAGAUCAACAAUGAAAACUGCUGGGAGCCCAUCGAGAAGUACAUCAACGAACAGUAUGAGAAGUUCCUGAAGGAGGAGGUGAACAUCGCCAGGAAGAAACGCAUCCCCGACACUCGCGUCCACUGCUGUCUCUACUUCAUCUCCCCCACGGGACACUCCUUGCGACCCCUCGAUGUGGAGUUCAUGAAACAUCUCAGCAAAGUGGUGAACAUCAUCCCUGUCAUUGCCAAGGCUGACACCAUGACCCUGGAGGAGAAGUCUGAAUUCAAGCAAAGGGUUCGCAAGGAGCUUGAAGUAAAUGGCAUUGAAUUCUACCCCCAGAAGGAAUUUGAUGAGGACUUGGAGGACAAGACGGAGAAUGACAAAAUCAGGCAGGAGAGCAUGCCCUUCGCGGUGGUGGGAAGUGACAAGGAGUACCAAGUGAAUGGCAAGAGGGUCCUCGGCAGAAAAACUCCCUGGGGGAUCAUCGAAGUGGAAAACCUCAACCACUGUGAGUUUGCCCUGCUUCGAGACUUUGUCAUCAGGACCCACCUCCAGGACCUCAAGGAAGUGACACACAACAUCCAUUAUGAGACCUACAGGGCCAAGCGGCUCAAUGACAAUGGAGGCCUCCCUCCGGGAGAAGGCCUCCUCGGCACUGUCCUUCCACCUGUGCCUGCCACCCCCUGCCCCACUGCUGAAUGAAGGCCAUUUCAAGCUGCUGCUCCCUCCAUUCCUCUCAGCCGUUAUCUCUGCAGGGCCAAGCCCUCCUUAGCGUUGUGCUUGUCUAGCCCACCACCACAGCCCCCCUCAACUGGUGGGAGGGGCAAGCUGCCUCUUUAGGACAGUUGCUUCCUCCAUUUACCCAAGCCGUCCCUCUCCUCCCAGUGGAAUGGAGCUCUCGCCAGCACUGCUCUGCUCCAUCACCUGUCAGCCGGUCCCAGCCCAUCUGUAGGGAGAAAGGACUCAUCAAGAGCUUCUUCUGCCCCUGCAAACCCAUACCAGCUACUUGUGACCAUCUCUGAGGGAAAUGGCAUUGCUCCCUCCCGUUCAUCUGCAUGAGCUACUC